UGUUCACUCCGCUUUGGCGCGUUAACACGUAAAUAAAAAUAAAAGUCCGGAAAUUCGCACGCCAAAAUGCCGGAGAGCCAGAUCGCCGGCAUUCCGGUGCACUUUCCAUUCGAGCCGUAUCCGGUGCAGCGGGCGUACAUGGAAAAGGUGAUCCAGUGCCUCCGGGACGGAACAAAUGGAGUCCUGGAAUCGCCAACGGGAACGGGUAAAACCCUGAGUCUGCUGUGCUCAUCCUUGGCCUGGAUCCGCACCCGCCAAUCGGAGCAGCAGCAUCAGAUGGUCAAGAUGGAGAAGGGCGAUUUACCUGGUCUAGGAGGAGCUGCUGGAGCCGAUCUCUCCGAAUUGGCCAAAACAAUGGCCAGGGCCAACAACUGGGGCGUUCCCAAGGUAAUCUACGCUUCGCGCACCCACUCCCAGCUCACACAAGCCAUGCGGGAACUCAAGAGGACGGCCUACUCUAACAUGCGAUCCGUGGUCUUGGGCUCCCGUGAUCAGCUGUGCAUCCAUCCGGAGGUCAUGAAGGAGCAGGGCAACUCGAACAAGACGAAUAUGUGCAAGCUGCGGGUGCACUCCAAGACCUGUUCGUUUCAGGCGCGGGUGGAGUCGCGUAAGGAUCAUCCCGAUCUGCGGGGACCCACUAUCAUGGACAUUGAGGACCUGGUCAAGGUGGGCCAGCGUCUGAAGAUCUGUCCCUAUUUCGCUUCGAGGGAAUUGGUUGCCCAGGCGGAUAUUACCUUUAUGCCUUAUAACUACCUACUCGAUCCCAAGGCUCGCAAGGCCAACAAAAUCGAACUGGGGAACACUAUCGUCAUCCUGGACGAGGCCCACAACAUCGAGAAGAUCUGCGAGGAGUCCGCCUCGGUGCAGAUCAAGUCCUCCGACGUGGCCAUGGCCAUCGAGGAUGUAACCCAUGUGAUGAAGGUCUUCGCCAGCGGCGAAUCGCAGGAUAUGGGCGCCGAUGAGCCCAAGGACUUCACCCUGGACGACCUCACGCUGCUCAAGGAGAUGCUGCUCGAACUGGAGAAGGCCAUCGACGCGGUGGUGGUGGAAAACGUUGGCGAAGGAACCACCUUUCCCGCCUCCAUGAUGUAUGAGCUGCUCGGCAAGGCGAAUUUUACCUACGGCAACGUUGCCACCAUAGUAUCCCUGCUGGACAAGCUGGUGCAGUACCUCCUGGUGGCCUCCCAACAGAUGAGCAUCCGGAAGGGCGGCACCUUUACGAUGCUCAGCGAUCUGCUGACCAUUGUGUUUGCCAACAAGGAAGACGUGAUGACCAAGGUGCACGCCAGCUUUAAGGUGCAUGUCCAGGUGGAGGAGACCAAGCAGCAGGGACAGGGCAAGCAGCAGGGUGUUAAUAAACAGGGUUGGCUAAGCAAAGGAACGAUUGCGUCCGCAAAUAGCUCAAGCAAAAUGGCCAAAAUCAUCAACUUCUGGUGCUUCAAUCCGGGCUUCGGCAUGGAACAGCUGCUCAACACCCAGGUGCGCAGCGUAAUCCUCACCAGCGGCACGCUGGCGCCGCUCAAGCCCCUGAUCGCCGAGCUGGCCAUUCCGGUGGCCCAGCAUCUGGAGAAUCCGCACAUCGUCGACCAGUCGCAGGUGUACGUCAAGAUCAUCGGCACCGGACCCGACCGUCAGCAAUUGAUAUCCAACUACACGAACCGUGAUAAUCCAAAGUACAUCAGCUCGCUGGGCCAGACGAUCCUGAAUGUAUCGCGAAUAGUUCCCGAUGGUCUCCUGGUCUUCUUUCCCUCGUAUCCCAUGUUAAACAAGUGCGUGGACGCGUGGCAGGCGAGUGGAUUGUGGGCGGACAUCUCGGCCAAGAAACCGAUCUUUCUGGAGCCGCGCAGCAAGGACCAGUUCACCAGCACGAUGGAGGAGUUUUACCAGGCGAUACGCGACUCCAAGGGCGCCGUUUUCAUGGCCGUUUGUAGAGGGAAAGUUUCCGAGGGUCUGGACUUUGCCGAUCGCAACGGCCGCGCUGUGAUCAUCACGGGUCUGCCCUAUCCACCGCUCAAGGAUCCAAAGGUGAUAUUGAAACGGCGCUAUUUGGAGGCAAACAGGACGCGGGAGAACCAACUGUUGAGUGGCCAGGAGUGGUACAAUCUGGAUGCAACGCGGGCAGUCAAUCAGGCCAUCGGUCGUGUGAUCCGACAUCGCAACGAUUAUGGCGCCAUUCUGCUCUGCGAUUCACGGUUUAAGGACGCCUCCCAGGUGCAGCAGCUGUCCAAGUGGAUCCGGGGCCACCUGGGCGACCGGCCGCAGUGCUCCCCCUUCGGUCCCAUCGUCAGGGAGUUGCGCCAGUUUUUCAAGAACGCCGAGGCCAACAUGAAGCAGCCGGAUGAGCGGGAAUCAGAGCCAGCUUUGGAAACGGUUUGCAAGACUGAGGACGAGCCACUGGCUGCCAUUCCCAAGAUCAAACGGGAGCCGGGCUCCAAUGCCACCUUCAAAGCAGCCAAUGAGAGGGCCAUCAAAGUGGAGAUGGCCAAUUCCAUAAAGACGUGGUCUCCCGCCGAUUAUGCCAGUGCCGCUGGACAAAAACUGGGUGGCUCGGCGCCCAAUGCCAUGGACUUUAUGAGCCGUCUCGACUCGAAUGUCUCGAGUAUCGAUUUCAACUGCUGCAUGGAUAGUAAAAGUGGUUCCUCUGGCUUGGUAAAGAUUCAUAAGCGGGAACGAAGUUCACCAACGCCGCCGGAAACAUCAAGCCAGGUGGCCAAGAAGCGUUACAAACUGGUGGAGAACAUCAAGAUGGAGCCGAUUAGUUCGCAGGUUAAGGAGGCCCCCGAAUCAAGGGCCGAUUUUCUUCGGGAGCUGCGCAGCUUGGUUAACCAGGAUGAAUUCCGCCGCUUCGGCAAAGCUCUUUUGGAAUACAAAAGUGGAACGGAUGAGAGUUUCCAGGCCCUGAUGACUGUCCUCUGGGAGGUCCUUGCCGCUCCCAAGAUGCGUUAUAUGCUUGUCGGGAUGCGGAAAUAUCUAAAAAACGAGCACAAAGGCGAAUUCGAUCAGAGGUUAGCUAAGCUCUAGGAACCUGAGCCUCUUUUAGGUGACUAUUCAAAACAGUUUCGGAAAUAAUCCAUUCCACGGAUCUGCCUGAAUAUGUGUUUUUAUACCUGGCUGUAUUUUUUGUAUAAUAUUUGGGGGGAUGUAUAUAUUAUAUAAAAUUUUAAAAUAUUAUAAAUUUAAUGGAACGAAUCUUCUUUAUAAAAGUGUUUAUUAGGAAUACAAAUUAUAUUAAAAUUAUAAAAUAAACAAAGUUUCUCAUUUUUUUGACAUUUUAA